CGUGGGACCGAGGGAAGAAACAUGGCGGCUCCGAGCUUCCCCACACCGCUGUAUGGGCACGUGGGCCGCGGCGCCUUCACCAAUGUGUACGAGCCCGCGGAGGAUACGUUCCUGCUGCUGGACGCGCUCGAGGCAGCAGCGGCCGAGCUGACAGGAGUGGAAAUAUGCCUUGAAGUUGGAUCAGGGUCUGGAGUGGUAUCUGCAUUUCUAGCCUCUAUGAUAGGUCCUCAAGCUUUGUACAUGUGCACUGAUAUCAACCCUGAAGCAGCAGCUUGCACUCUGGAGACAGCACACUGUAACAAAGUCCACAUUCAUCCAGUAAUUACAGAUUUGGUCAAAGGCUUAUUACCAAGAUUGAAGGAAAAAGUUGAUCUUCUGGUGUUUAAUCCCCCCUAUGUAGUGACUCCACCUGAAGAGGUAGGAAGUCACGGAGUAGAAGCAGCUUGGGCUGGUGGCAGAAACGGCCGGGAAGUCAUGGACCGAUUCUUACCACUGGCUGCAGAUCUUCUGUCACCAAGAGGAUUAUUCUAUCUAGUUACCAUCAGAGAAAACAAUCCAGAAGAAAUUUUGGAAGCAAUGACAACAAGAGGUCUACGAGGAACUAUUGCACUUUCCAGGCAAGCAGGCCAAGAACUCCUCUCAGUCCUGAAGUUCACCAAGUCCUGACUCAGAGUGUGUGCUGUGUAUUGUGCUGGAUAUGUAUAUAUUGAUAAUAUUUAUUAUAUUGAAUAUAUAUAUAUGAAUAUAUAGAGAGGGAGAAGCCGAAUGUAUUUGGCAUAUUUUGAAACUGAAGUCAUUUCUUGGUUAACAAGUGAAAUUGUCAGGUUAUAUAGAAAAAGGUGGGAAGAGGGGCACCUAGGUGGCUCAGUGGGUUAAGCCUCUGCCUUUGGCUCAGAUCAUGAUCUCAG